UGUCUGACCAAACAAAAAUGGUCCCCCGCAGGCGCCUUCUUAAUGUUAAAACUAGGGCUACAGCUUUCGGUGUUCAGCUUCCGCAGCUGCUGGUUUAUCGUCAUCGAUCUUCUCCAGCCGAAAAUGCCUUCACACAAGACCUUCAGGAUCAAGAAGAAGCUCGCGAAGAAGAUGAGGCAGAAUAGGCCCAUUCCUUACUGGAUUCGAAUGAGGACUGACAACACCAUCAGGUAUAAUGCUAAGCGCAGGCACUGGCGCCGCACGAAGCUCGGGUUUUAAGAUGGAUAGAAAUGUGAUUACUGGUUAAAGCCGUUUUUAUUAUUUAUAUAUGGUGUUGAAAGAUUGUAGCUUUAACCAUGUGUCGACACUAGCGGGAUAAUGAGUUGAGUAGAGAUUUUGACGGGUGUGUUUUUCCGUAAUUUAUUUUUCACUUUGGAAUAACUUUGCGUCUAUUAACGUGAAAUUUCGGGUUUGAUCUGCA